GCUGGAGCGGCGCCUGGUUUCUGUGUUCUGUUGCGCGCUGUGUACUGUGCAGUUUAUUCCAAAGAUGGAGAGGAUAUUUUUCAGAUUUCGUGCUUUCUUGGGAGUAUGAUAGAGUUUGCGGUUGGGGAGGCUUCGGGGUGGGGGAGAAAUGGGUGGGUUGCGAAAGGGAGAGGUAGCGAUGGCGCUGGACAGGUUCCUAGGGGACACUGGGUGCGCACCCUCGCGGGGUGGCAGUUGGGUGCGUGCGGGAAGCGGAUAGGGUCGGGUUUACGGUUCUCUCCACGAGCUGCGGGCUCGGGGCGUGGAUCCCGUUAGCGGUGAUGUGCAGGUGUGGUCCGUAACCAAUGCGCCCGCCUUCUGCCUGGUGGCGUUGAAGGCAGAGCUCGGGAUGGAGGACAGAAUGGAACAGCAGAGGGGGCUCCUGUUAUUACUUCUGGGCUUACAACUGCUGAUGAUGGGGGCGUUACUCUGCCCAAACCACCACCUCCAUAGCUUCACCUCCUCCUUGCGCUUCCUCACACAAGACAAGCCGGAGGUGGGAGAAGAAGAGCUGUCCUUUGUGGUCCAGGAAUCCUCUCCAGGAAUCCCUCGCCAGGAUGUGUACUCAAACAUCAGCCAGAUCCACCACGUGGACAUCAGAAGGGAGGAUUUGCCCAACUGCCCCAUCGUCUCACCCUACAUCAGUGGCCCCUUGAAGGUGAUGAUCCAAGAGAACUUGACAAUGGAGCAGGUGGUGGAAAAGAACCCACUGGUGGAGCUGGGAGGCCAAUACCAGCCACCCAACUGCUGGACACGGCACCACACAGCAAUAGUGGUACCCUACUAUGGGCAAGCCCAGCACCUGCAGCACCUGCUCUUCCACCUGCACCCCUUCCUGCAGCGCCAGCAACUGCAUUAUGCCAUCUAUGUGGUGAAUCAGGUGAACAACACCGCCUUCAACCAGGGCAAGCUUCGCAAUGUGGGGUUCUGGGAGGCCAUGCAAGAAGAGGACUGGGACUGCGUCUUCUUCCACGAUGUGAACCUACUGCCAGAGGACAACCGCAACCUCUACAUCUGUGACAUCUUCCCUGCCCACGUGUCUGUGGCCAUCGACAAGUUCAACUACAAGCUGCCCUACCGAGGCUACCUUGGAGGGGUGUUUGCCCUGCGUCCAGUUCACUACCUCAAGAUAAAUGGCUUUCCCAACACGUACUGGGACCGGGAUCGUGAGGACAAUGACAUCGCUGCCAGGCUGGACCUAAACGGAUGCUCCUCUCACGACCCCAUCUGCUCUUUGGCCACUACCACAUGCUGGAGGAGGGGCUGGACCACAGCCAUGAGCAGAGUCCCAAGAGAGGGACCCGGACCGAGUAGACAGACUGUGUCAGGGCAUGAGGAAGAGAUGUUGCUGAGGCUGCUGUUGCUGCUGCCGCCCGUGCUGUGGGGAGGAGCCCUGGCUAAGGAUUCAAGCUACCGGCUGGUGCUACAGGAGUCUGUGACAGUGCAGGAGAGUCUGUGUGUCUUUGUGCCAUGCAAGUUUUCCUACUCCAGGAUGUUCCCUAAAUACCUGCACCAGCAUUGGUUCAAGAUAGAAGGAAAUAAAAAGCGUAGUUUUCUAGUGGCCACAAACAAUCCAGAAGAGAAGCUACAAGAGAGGACCCAGGGCCGGUUCUUGAUUCCCAUGGACCCAGAGCCCGAUGACUGCUCCCUGACCAUCAGAGAUGUCAACAUGAGGGACAGUGGGACGUACUUCUUUCAUGUAAAAUAUGGACUCUAUGAACAUACAUAUGAAGACCAAAUGCUCUCUCUGAAAGUGACAGCCCUGACUGACAAACCUGACAUCCAGAUCCCAGGGCCCCUGGAGUCCGGCCGCCUCAAGAAACUGAACUGCUUUGUGCUCUGGGCCUGUGAGGAGGGCACGCCCCCCAUCUUCUCCUGGACAUCAGCUGCCCACACGUUCCUGGGCCCCAGGUCUCAUCAUCUCUCCUCUGUGCUCACUCUCAUCCCACGGCCCCAGGACCACAGCACCAACCUGACCUGUCAGGUGCAUUUUCCUGCCACUGGUGUGAGUGUGGAGAGAACCAUCCGGCUCAAUGUGGCCUAUGCUCCACAGAACAUGGCCAUCCGCGUCUUUCAAGGAAACAGCACAGCCCUCAAGAUUCUGCAAACCACAUCCCUUUCCAUCCUGGAGGGAGAGGCCCUGAGGCUGCGCUGUGAGGCUGACAGCAAUCCCCCUGCCGAGCUGAGCUGGUUCCGGGGAUCCCCAGGCCUGCACGCCACCCCCAUCACCAGCACCGCGAUCCUGGAGCUGCCUCGCGUGGGGCCUGCACAGGAAGGAGAGUUCACCUGCCAAGCUCGGCACAAGCUGGGCUCCCUAAGUGUGUCUCUCAGCCUCUCCGUGGUCUACCCCCCGCAGCUGCUGGGACCCUCCUGCUCCUGGGAGGACCAGGGUCUGCACUGCAGCUGCUCCUCCAGGGCCCAGCCGGCCCCCUCCCUGCGCUGGCGGCUGGGGGCGGGGCUGCUGGAGGGGAACCAUGGCAACGCGUCCCACGUGGUCAACUCCAGCUCAGAGGGGCCCUGGACCAACAGCUCCCUGAGCCUCCGAGCAGGGCUCAGUGAGGGACUCAGACUCAGCUGCGAGGCCCAGAAUGUGCACGGGACCCGGAGCACCGCUGUCCUCCUGCUGCCAGGUAAACCGGAAUCCAGGGUCGGUGGAGUCCUGGGAGUGGUUGGGGGAGCUGGCGUCAUGGCCCUGGCCCUGCUUUCUCUCUGCCUUUGUCUCAUCUGCAGAGUGAAGACCUGCAGGGAAAAAGCAGCCCAGCUGAUGCAGAGCAUGGACAAGGAUGUGCACCCAGGCACAGGCGCAGGCUCCGGGGCACAUCAGCACCCGUUCUGGACAGAUAGCUCUGCGGCUCCCCCAGCGGCUCCCCCAGCCCCUGAUGGUGCUGGUCCCCCCGCCAAAGGGGAGCCGGAGCUCCACUAUGCUUUCGUCAGGUUCCACAACCGGAAGCCCCAGGGAAAUGAAGAUGCCAACAUCGUGUACUCAGAGAUCAAGACACACAAGUGAGGAACUACUUGCUCCGGGUUCCGAAGGCGAAAAACCUGAGAUCAACGUGCCAGCAGGCCCGGUGCCUUGGGAGGCCUCUCCGCUCGGCUUGCAGAUGGCCGUCUUCUCUCUGUGUCCUCCCAUGGUCCUCCCUCUGAGUGUCUGUGUCCUAACCUCCUCUUCUUAUAAGGACACCAGAUAUACUGGACUAAGGCCCACCCUAAUGACCUCACUUGAACCGCAGUAUCUCUUUAAAGACUCUAUCUGGACACAUAAUUGAACUGUAAGGAGAAAUGAUGAGGUACUGGGUUUAGGACUUCAACUGGUUAAGUUCAUGAUUUUUUUCAGCCCAUAACCUCAGUGUCUGAUUAUUUUAAAAUUAACGAUUUUCUUGGCAAUGGUCUCAAUCCUUUGGUAUAGAUGAAGGACCGGAGGACUUGUGUCCGAAAGAACUGAGUUCAAAUCCAUCUAUACCACUUAUCGAGUGAGUCAGUUUAUUUCUCUGCUGUUCUGCAAAGCAGGGAAAUCAUCCCUAUCUAACCAGGCUGUUGUGAAAGAUCAAUAAACAGUACCUAGGCAACAGUUAACAAAAGCACUAACACACCCAUGGCUGGUGUUCUCAGUGGUUAGAGCAUUGGCCCAUGCACUGAAGUGUGGUGGGUUCGAUUCUC